AUGGACUUAAAAUUGGGUCAAAAAGUAUCUGUGCGUGGAGAUGGCGGGACGCUUAAAUACAUAGGAAGAACUCAAUUUGCACCUGGAACGUGGUAUGGAGUCGAACUAGACACUAAACAAGGAAAGAACGAUGGGUCGGUCAAUGGAGUCAAGUAUUUUGACUGUGAGAAGAAGAAUGGCCUAUAUGGAGUCUUUGUUCGUAUUCUGUUGUUAGACAAUGGUAAUGGAAAAGCUGAUAAUUUAAUUGGUGCAGACAUAUCGAACAAUGUGAAACAACUACAAAGCAAACUACUUUUAGCUACUCAGGAAGUGGACAAGUAUAAGAAACUGAUCGAAAACUAUGUGAGCCUACACAAACAAGCUGUGGAAAAGAGUACGAUUCUCGAAUCCAGCUUGGAAUCUGCUGUGGUGGAUAAGGAGUAUCUUGAAGACUCUAAUUUGCAAAUGACUGCACAACUUAAAGAACUCAGUAUGAAAUAUGACGAAUUGGAGACAGAUUAUCAAAUAUUGAAAGAAGAAUCUGAAAUAAAUAAGCAGAUAGAAACAGAAAUAAGACAUGAACUCGAGCAUAACGACCAUUCCGAAGAAGUGAAGUUGCUUAUCUCUCGAAAUAAACAGUUGGAAGUCGCUUUAAUUAACCUUCAAAAGCUUUCAAAGGAAUCUCAAUCAGCUCUUAGAGACGAGAUUCAAAGACUUAAUAACCGAAUUGCCGAUUCGGAAAAGAAAUUGGGGUCAACAAAAGACAUUGAGUUAAAACUCGUUGAAGCUGAGUCAAAUAUAGAGUUACUCAGAAAACAAUUGGACUCGACCUUGGAACUGGAGAAAAUUAUAGAACUGCUUAACUCCAAGAAUGAAGAACUUCAGAAUGAGUUAGAAAGACUCUCGAAUGAUGUCAUAGAGUUGACGGAACUCCAUGAUCUUGACAGAGCAUUGGAAGAGAACCAGAAAGUCGUUGAGCACGAGCUUCGAUCCACAAUAACAGACUUAAAGGAGCUGAUAAGUUUAGAUAAACAGAAACUUGCUGCGUUGACCAAACAAAACAAAUACUUGGAAUCAAAGCUUGCAGAAGCACUGUCAAUUUCAAAGUAUACUACUCAACCAAAUAAUGACAAUUCCUCUACUGUCCUCGCGGCAGACUUUGAGGAGUUGAAGAUUAAUUUUAAAACAGAAAAACGCAUUUCCUUUAAGAAUUUGUUAGAGAAAGACCUUUUAUCUGGGGAAUUGGAUUUUAAAUCUUGGAGAGAAGGUCUUGGGUCCACCACAAAUAACUCUAAAGUGUAUUGUAAGCUCAAGUAUCUUGAGUGCAUCGUGUCACCUAUCAUAAAUCAUGCUUUCAGUGUUCCACAAGGAGAAAUAUUCUAUGAGAAAUCAACUCCAAUUAUCAAUCAUACUAAUCUUGUGUUGAUUAAUGCUCUACUUUUGUUUGUUGAAAAACUCUGGGACUAUAAUUAUAACUCCUCAAAAGUUGAAGGUCUUUUAUUAAUACUUGAUAAGCUUGAAGUAUCGUUAAAUGAAGUUAAGCUGAAGUUUUUAGAUUCAAAUGUGGAAGGUUUGAAUUUCAUGUUUGUUGAUGAGUUCAUACGUGGUAUAAAUGACCUAUUUUCCGUGGAAACAGAUAACGUCUCAUUAGAAGCAUUUGGACGGGCACAUUACUACUUUACCAUUAAUGUUAUCAAAGGCUUUACAUCUGACUUUAUUCUCUUGACUGGAUAUAUGAACCAAACAUUGCAAACAUACUUUGAAGGUGGUCGCAGCAGAGGUGACCUUGAUUUGUCUUUAAAGAAAGACAUGGACCACAUACGCCAAGAAGUUAGCAAGCUAGAUUCAAUGCUUAAGAAAAGAAUUCAACGUCUAGAUGAAUUAGAUGAGGGUUUGGAUGUGAGAAUUGUACCCAACGCUUAUUCAUUCGUUGAUAUUCUUGAUUUGGUACGAAACCCAAGCAAAAUUCUCCUUCGGAUCGUUAAACACAUUGAAACAGAAGAGAACUCUUUCAAGAAUGCCGCCGACUUAGAAUAUGAAACUUUGGACCAAAUCUUUGAGAUAACAGAAGGGCUGAUGAAAAAGUUGAGAAAACAAGUGGAAGCCUUACAGAAUAUGCUUGAUUGUGAGCCAACAUUUGAGCAAUUAAAAGUGCAACCUUGGAGAAGAAUUGAACGAAAGGAGGCCCUCGAAUCGAAUUCACCUGAAACCAGGACAGAGCACUUGGAAACAAUAAGAAUCUUGAACGAGAAGGCAAUUGAGAGAGAGAAUAAAAUCACUGAUUUGCUGGUGAAUAUAAAUUUACUAGAAAGCACGUUGACAAUGUCGAAUAAUAAGAAUGCAGAAAUAAUACAACUGCUCAGGAAGGAGUUGACGUCUUUGAGAAUACAACAUGAGGAGUUGACUAAAAAGUAUACAGAAUUGGAAAUCGAAUCAACUUCUUUACGUGAACAGGUGGAGCAAGUCACUGAACUCAAUUCGUUGUUAUCUAACGACAAUAUUAUUGUUCCAAACUUUGAAAAGUUAGAGCCAGAGAAACAAUAUGAUAAAGUAAUGACACUUGCUCAAGAGAACCAAGUAUUGAAGAAACUCCUUGCGCAACAUAAGCAUAGGGAUAAGCCAUUUCAAAACGUUCAACUACCGCAUUUAAGAUCCAAGAUACAACCUACAAAGGAGUCCAAGGUGGAGUUAAUACGAGCUAAUACCUUCUACCAAAAUGCAACGAGAUUUAGAGAUAAUAUUAUUCCAAAGGUUACACCCAUUAAAGUCAACUAUCUGAGGCGUGUCAUUAAUUUGCAUAAAUAUUUGGUUUCAACAAUGAAUGAUGAUGUUCACCGGUACCAACCGUGUUAA